AUAUCAGCGAAGUGUGACGUUUUGCUUCUGGAAUUUUGGGAAUUUUUCUCAUCGCCCGGAAACACCCCAGUAAAUAGGGCUAGAAUGGCUCACUUCCUGGCCAAUACAACUGUGCAGUAUGUGUGUGCUUGUGGGAUUAUGAAUCCACUCACAAAACUCUUCUUCUGCCGUCACUGCUUGGCACUGAGAUGCGAUUUUUGCCUCUGCCACGAAGUCGAUUCCCAUUUUUGCUACAACUGUGUCGAGAAUAUCCCAUCCACGGAGGCUAAGCUGAAGAAAUACAAGUGCAGCAGUUGCUUUGAUUGCCCAAGCUGUCAGCAUACCCUCUCAGCAAGGGCUACGAAUGUUACAGUGCCUCGGAAAGGUGAUGAGGAAGCCCCGAAAGAGGAUGCAAAGCAACCAGCUGUAAUCACCCGGAAGAUGUACUAUCUGGCAUGCCUGGCAUGUCGUUGGACGUCACGGGAUGUGGGAAUUCCGGAUCAAACUGUUGCCACGGGAUCGUGGCCUGAGAGUGAGUACGCCAACGCCACGAGAUUUGCUCUCCUCAUGGAACAUUUCCAGGCUGUUGUUCUGAGGGAUAAGCAGGAGCGUCAGGAUUACCUCCGGAGGAAGUCUCCGAAGCAGCACAAGUAUCCCAGUUUGACGGAUCGCACGGGGCUCACGGUUUCAAUGAUUCGUCGUCAAAUGGGCUGGUCUGAUAAGACACCCCCAAAAGCAAAACCAAUUGACGUUAAUCCCUCAGUGGCAACGGAAGAAGUGGACCAACUUCCGGAUUCCAUCUUCACGGAGCCCGUCAAUUUGCGGGAACUCACAACGAUCAAGCAGAAGCUCUCUCAGCCUGCUGGACAGCCAAGCUGUGUGCGUGAUCUCUUCCCACAGCACAAGAGUCUCUCAAUUAAGCGUUCCCUGCGCUGCCGGCAGUGCGAACACAAUGUCAUCAAGCCCGAAUUCAAUCCAUCUUCCAUCAAGUAUCGCAUUCAGCUCUUUGCAUCCCAUCAUGUCCCGGAGAUUCGCAUUGUGGCACUCCCGGAGAAGCUGGAGGGUGGUGUUGGGGUUAAAAUUCAACUAAAAUUCUCAAAUCCAACAAUUCACGACAUGACUGUGGCUCUCAAGGAGCUUCCGUCAACGGAUGAGGAGACAGCAAUCAUUGAGGAGAUGAAGAAGGUUGCAGUAUCAUCGACACCAUCGAGUCUCAAUGCUUCCCUCUCACGUCAAGUUUCCCUCACGGAGGAGCCUCGAUUUGUCAACAAAGGCACCACAGCGAAGGUGGAACUUCCGGAGAUGCCUUUUGUGCUGCCCCAUCGGGAUGAUUCGGCGGAAUUUGACGAGGAAAUGCAACUUCCUCGAGAAGAUCCCAAGUUUGUUGUGUGGCGUAGAGCCAACAGGGCAUGCAUUGAGCUCUCCUGUGAGCCUCAGGAUAACUUGGCACCCGGUGCGGAAGUAAUCAUCGGAUUCACCGUUCAGUAUUCCUACGUGAAUACCGUGCAAGUGCCCGAGAAGAAGGAUCCUCAAACGCAUAAUUUAACAGCUCGUGUCUACAUAAAUUGCGGAAAGCUUUCCGGAGAACAAUAAAAACCAUCUCCUGCUUCAUAUUUAACUCACCACAUAAUCGCUUCAAUUUGUAUUUCCGGUGCAAAGAUAAAUAAAAACUAAUUUAUAUUAUUCCUUACCAACUCAA